CCGGCACCAUGGCGGAGCAGGAGAGCCUGGAGUUCGGCAAGGCGGACUUCGUGCUGAUGGACACCGUCACCAUGCCCGAGUUCAUGGCCAACCUCCGGCUCAGAUUUGAAAAAGGACGUAUCUAUACAUUCAUCGGAGAAGUUGUUGUCUCUGUGAAUCCUUACAAGUUGUUGAACAUCUACGGGAGGGAUACAAUUGAGCAGUAUAAAGGUCGUGAGCUGUAUGAGAGACCUCCACAUCUUUUUGCUAUUGCUGAUGCUGCUUACAAGGCUAUGAAGAGGCGAUCAAAAGACACCUGCAUUAUGAUAUCAGGGGAAAGUGGAGCUGGUAAAACAGAAGCCAGUAAGUACAUUAUGCAGUAUAUUGCGGCCAUCACCAACCCCAGCCAGAGAGCAGAGGUUGAAAGAGUGAAGAAUAUGUUGCUCAAAUCCAACUGUGUGCUAGAAGCUUUUGGAAAUGCCAAAACCAAUCGUAAUGAUAACUCAAGCAGGUUUGGAAAAUACAUGGAUAUCAACUUUGAUUUUAAGGGUGACCCUAUUGGUGGACAUAUCAAUAACUACUUAUUGGAGAAGUCUCGAGUGAUUGUUCAACAGCCUGGAGAAAGAAGCUUUCAUUCUUUCUAUCAGCUGCUCCAGGGGGCUUCAGAGCAGACCCUGCGUUCUCUACAUCUCCAGAAAUCCCUUUCAUCCUACAACUAUAUUCAUGCUGGAGCUCAACUAAAGUCUUCUAUCAAUGAUGCUGCAGAGUUCAAAGUAGUAGCUGAUGCCAUGAAAGUAAUUGGCUUCAAACCUGAAGAGAUUCAAACUGUGUAUAAAAUUCUGGCUGCUAUUCUUCACUUGGGAAAUUUAAAAUUUAUGGUAGAUGGUGACACGCCCCUUAUUGAGAAUGGCAAGGUUGUAUCUAUAAUAGCAGAAUUGCUAUCUACUAAAACAGACAUGGUUGAGAAAGCCCUUCUUUACCGGACUGUGGCUACAGGCCGUGACAUCAUCGACAAGCAGCACACGGAGCAAGAAGCCAGCUACGGCAGAGAUGCCUUUGCUAAGGCAAUAUAUGAGCGCCUUUUUUGUUGGAUUGUCACUCGCAUCAAUGACAUUAUUGAGGUCAAGAACUACGAUACCACAAUCCAUGGGAAAAACACCGUUAUUGGUGUCUUGGAUAUCUAUGGCUUUGAAAUCUUUGACAACAACAGCUUUGAACAGUUCUGCAUCAAUUACUGCAAUGAGAAACUGCAGCAGCUAUUCAUUCAGCUGGUGUUAAAGCAAGAGCAAGAGGAAUACCAGAGGGAAGGGAUCCCUUGGAAGCAUAUUGAUUACUUCAACAACCAGAUCAUUGUGGACCUCGUGGAGCAGCAACACAAAGGCAUCAUUGCCAUCCUGGAUGAUGCUUGUAUGAAUGUCGGCAAAGUCACUGAUGGAAUGUUUCUAGAAGCCCUUAACAGUAAAUUAGGCAAACAUGGUCAUUUUUCCAGCAGAAAGCUCUGUGCCUCAGACAAAAGCCUGGAGUUUGAUCGUGAUUUUCGAAUUCGGCAUUAUGCAGGGGAUGUGGUCUAUUCUGCCAUUGGUUUUAUAGAUAAAAACAAAGAUACUUUAUUUCAAGAUUUCAAACGCCUCAUGUAUAACAGUUCAAAUCCUGUGCUGAAGAAUAUGUGGCCUGAAGGCAAACUGAGCAUUACAGAGGUGACCAAGCGACCACUCACUGCUGCCACCUUGUUUAAGAAUUCUAUGAUUGCUUUAGUAGACAACCUUGCAUCAAAGGAACCAUACUAUGUACGUUGCAUCAAACCCAAUGACAAGAAAUCCCCACAGAUAUUUGAUGAUGAACGCUGCCGUCAUCAAGUAGAAUAUCUUGGACUACUGGAAAAUGUGAGAGUGCGUCGAGCAGGAUUUGCCUUUCGUCAGACCUAUGAGAAGUUUCUUCACAGGUAUAAGAUGAUCUCUGAGUUCACCUGGCCAAACCAUGACCUUCCUUCAGACAAAGAGGCUGUCAAGAAACUGAUAGAACGAUGUGGUUUUCAGGAUGAUGUAGCUUAUGGGAAGACCAAAAUUUUCAUCAGAACACCCCGCACACUGUUUACCUUGGAAGAACUCCGGGCCCAGAUGCUUGUAAGGAUUGUCCUCUUUCUACAAAAGGUAUGGCGGGGUACCCUGGCUCGCAUGCGAUACAAGAGGACCAAGGCAGCUCUGACAAUAAUCAGGCACUACCGGCGCUACAAAGUGAAGUCAUACAUCCAUGAGGUGGCCAGGCGUUUCCAGGGGGUCCAGACCAUGAGAGACUACGGGAAGCAUGUGAAGUGGCCAACUCCUCCAAAAGUUCUGCGCCGCUUUGAGGAGGCCCUCCAGGCAAUUUUUAGUAGGUGGAGAGCAGCCAAGCUCAUCAAGAGCAUACCUGCUUCAGACCUGCCGCAGGUCAGGGCAAAGGUAGCAGCCAUGGAAAUGUUGAAAGGUCAAAGGGCUGACCUUGGACUCCAAAGGGCCUGGGAGGGCAACUACCUUGCUUCAAAGCCAGAUACACCUCAGACCUCAGGCACUUUUGUCCCAGUAGCUAAUGAACUGAAAAGGAAAGACAAAUACAUGAAUGUCCUCUUUUCCUGUCAUGUCCGUAAGGUAAAUCGGUUUAGUAAGGUAGAAGACCGAGCAAUUUUUGUCACUGACCGUCAUCUGUAUAAAAUGGACCCCACUAAGCAGUAUAAGGUGAUGAAGACUAUCCCUCUAUACAAUUUGACUGGUCUGAGUGUUUCCAAUGGAAAGGACCAACUUGUAGUGUUCCAUACAAAAGACAACAAGGAUCUUAUUGUCUGCCUUUUCAGCAAACAGCCUACACAUGAGAGUCGAAUUGGAGAACUUGUUGGAGUCCUGGUGAAUCAUUUUAAGAGUGAAAAGCGCCACCUCCAAGUGAACGUCACCAACCCGGUGCAGUGCAGCCUGCACGGGAAGAAGUGCACCGUUUCCGUGGAGACCCGCCUGAACCAGCCCCAGCCUGACUUCACCAAGAACCGCUCCGGCUUCAUCCUCAGCGUGCCAGGGAACUGACACCCCACCCGCAGAAGACCCCCCCGGGCGGGUAGCCUGGCCCCCAGGUAGCCGCGCCCUCGCUCAGCACCCAGGUUCCAGUCUGAUCGCCGCAGCCCCACUAAUGCCACGCCACUAGAUUCACUCGCAAGACUCCACGCCCCGCCCCGGAGGCCUCCAGGAGGUCUGCUUUCUGCCUUUGGCCUCCAUCUACUAUCUCAGCUUCCCACAGUCCCUGAUGCUCAUCACAGCCCGCUGACAUGCCUCUCCUCAGGGUGUUCCGUGAAUGGCCAAGUCAGGGCAGAAGGCCUUGGCCAGCAACCAGCUGACCACAGCAUCGGGCGGGGGCGGGGAGGGGGGAGUUGGAGAGGGCCACGGUUUCCCUUGCCAAAGUCACACUACCCUAGGGGACCUGGGGAGGUCUCAUGGCUGUGAGCUAGGGACGCAGCCCUGCCUUGUGAACCCCCAAGGGGACCCUAGCCCCCAGGACCUGGCUUAGAAUUCCAGUACCCCAGCAGUCAGCCAAAGCCACAAGCAAACCCAGUCCCUCAGCCACACCCAGUCAGCGGCUCUCCUUCCCAGGAGGCUGCCCCUGGGACUCCCCUUGCCUCCAGGGCCCCGGGCUGGCCUCUGGCACAUCUCUGGAGAGUGUGAUGAUGAUGCUCUAAGAAUUGUCUUUCCCAUUGCUGGGGUGGAACUCGAGGCCUCAGACAUGCUAGGCAAACAUUUUACCACUUAAGCUACACUCCUAGUCCUUUCGUUUGUAUUUUUUGGAUCUCGUUUCACUUUCCCAGGGCCAGCCUUGAGCUCAAAAUUCUCCUGCCUCUGCUGGAUUACAGACAUGUACUACCAAGCCUGGCCUCAAGGAUCAUUUUGGAAGUAACCUGCAACCUGUGUCCAUCUUUGACUUGCUUUUGCAGUCUGCAGAGUUGUAAUCAGAUCUUACUUCUGCUAUAACCAUAAUGUCUAGUAAGAAGAUGCAGGUGCCAGCACACUAGGUUUGGCAGCUUUCUUCUUCUAACUCCCCUAGCUAUGUUCCCUGCUUACCCAAGAACUAGGACAGGGGCGGGGGCCAAAGCACAAAGGAACUGCAGGACGUAGAGCAAGGCAGCAGUAGAGAGAGGGAUCCUGGCACUGCAGGCCAGGCCAGGGUGCCACCCUAUGCUGCCCUGCCGGAGUCUGGCCCUUGAACCUUCUGCCAGCCGAGUGCUGCCCACUUGCCAGUGUCUGCCCAGCAGAAAAAAAAACAUGCUUCAGCAGCCUUCCAGAGACACCCUCCCUCCCCUGGCCUCAGCUGCUGAGAAUCUGAAGACGUGGAAACUGGGGUGCCCAGACAGGGCUGCUGGUGGGGAGUCUUACAAAGAGAAUCCCAGAGCACACAGUGCAGGCAGCAAGGGCCAGGCCCCAGGAGGAGCUUGUAGCAAGGUUAAGAAGGAGGGCGGGGCUGAGGUGUGCUUCUUCCUGCCAGAUGCCACCAGCAGAACCCGAGUGCCUGUGUGCCACCUCAGGUGCCUUCCAGGACCCCAGGGGGCUGCCUGGCCUCUCCCAGGGUCUCUCACAUACACACCCUCCUCCCCUAAUGAGGGCUCACAAACAUUUGCACCACGUGCAGUUCACAACCAGGAAUCCUGACCACAUCCUGUCCUCCAAGGCUGCUCAGCCACCUGUGCCACGCAGAGCUGCGGCAGACCAGUCUCAAGGCGAUAGUGGGCUUGCCAAUCACUGGUGGACACUAGCAGAACCGUCUAACUGGAACAUCUCUCUCCUUUCCACCCACUGCCCCAACCUGUUGCUUCACAUUAAACAUAUGCAGGUUCACGUUUUAAGCACACCAAAACAGUUCAUGCCAAAUGGGCAGCCUGUCAGGCUGAAGUGGACAGAAGGGUUUGGACUCCACUCCCUUUCACAUAGCCUGGGGCUCCUGCAGAGGACACAGACGGCCCCGUCCACAGACACUGACCUACACCUGCAUGUGACAAAUGAAGGGUCAGGAAUGUAGGGUGACGUGCCGAGGGGGAGGAGGAUGCUGUGAUUGUAUGCAAUGAAGUGAAUUCCCCUUGAUUUAAUUAAACACGGUUCUACGGUUUCGUGCAUAUAUUCCUAUUUCCCAUUAAAUUAACUUUAUUUCUAAAGCAUAUUUUGAUUUACCUAAGAGCAAUAAAGCAUUAAAUCUUAUUUUUAAAUGUG